AUGCCUCCCAACAAUGUGACUGAAUUUGUUCUCUUGGGACUCACACAGGAUUCAGCCUUGCAGAAAAUACUCUUUAUUGUCUUUCUGUUCAUUUCCCUAUUUGCUGUGCUGGCCAGUCUGCUCAUUGUCAUUACCAUUUCCCUCAGCCCCACUAUUUCGGCUCCCAUGUACUUCUUUCUCAAACACUUAUCCUUAAUAGAUGCCUCCUUCACCUCUGUUACCACCCCCAAAGUUAUGAUUGACCUGCUGUACCAGAAGAGAAACAUCUCCUGGGGUGCCUGCCUGACUCAGCUCUUUAUGGGGCACUUCCUGGCAUCAUCGGAGGUCAUUGUCCUCACUGUCAUGGCCUAUGACUGCUAUGUGGCCAUCUGCAAGCCUCUGCACUACACGACCAUCAUGCAACAGGAGCUCUGCCAGCUCCUGAUGGUGGUGACCUGGAUUGGGGGGCUCCUACAUGCCACGGUGCAGAUUGUUUUCACUAUGGACUUGACUUUCUGUAGUCCCAAUGCCACUGACCACUUCAUGUGUGAUUUCUUCUCACUGUUGGAAAUUGCCUGCAGCAACACCUACAAGCUUGGAAUGGUGGUGUCAGUGAACACUGGUGGCAUGUGCUUGCUCAUUUUUUCAUGCUACUCAUCUCAUAGGUAG